AGCAACACCAAUGAUAUUUGCUUUUUUUCCUUGCUGGAUAACUUUAGACAUGGGCAUUCCGAGUGUUGGGUGGGAGCUAGACAGACGGACGUUUCUUUGCUUGCCGUCUCCUGUGCAUGCCGUGCUAGUGAUACAGGGAACAUAAGCUUCUCUUUGCACUUGAGAAAGCUGACAGCUGGCACUGCUUCAUCUUUCCUUUUAGGGACAAGAAUCAUUUACGACCGUAAGUUCUUGAUGGAGUGCCGCAAUUCCCCAGUUGCCAAGACGCCACCAUGCGACCUUCCAGACAUUCCAGGUGUGACAAGUCCUAACGUGGAAGAGCUGAAGAUAGAAAACAAUCAUGUGCACAACUACGAGGAGAAAGUGGGUGCAGGUGAGGAAGCUCAGUUUGACAUGGACAUCUAACACACGUGCCCUGCGAAUGUUACUGGUGAAGAA